CAUUUCUUUCAACCCUUCUUUCAGGUUAUUCGAUGUUGGAGGUCAAAGGUCAGAAAGAAAGAAGUGGAUUCACUGUUUUGAAGAUGUCACAGCUAUUAUAUUUUGUGUAGCCAUGAGUGAAUAUGACCAAGUGCUUCACGAGGAUGAGACCACAAACCGUAUGCAAGAAAGCUUGAAGCUCUUCGACUCCAUUUGUAACAACAAGUGGUUCACAGAUACCUCCAUUAUUCUCUUCUUAAACAAGAAAGAUCUCUUUGAGGAUAAGAUCAAGAAAUCCCCUCUAACUAUCUGCUUUCCAGAAUAUACAGGAGCCCAAGAAUACGGGGAGGCAGCAGCCUUCAUUCAAGCUCAGUUUGAAGCCAAAAACAAGUCCACAACUAAAGAGAUAUACUGCCACAUGACGUGUGCCACGGACACAACAAACAUCCAGUUCGUAUUCGACGCCGUUACGGACGUGAUUAUAGCAAAUAACCUGCGAGGUUGUGGGUUGUAUUAAACUAUGCAGUUCUCCAUGGAAAUUGACACCAGCUACUUGACGAGCAGGCCUCCGCCAGAGCAGCGCCAAGAUUCGUUUAUAUUUACUGUCUUGUUGCUGGGAUCGAGAGUCCUUACAAGUUUAUCCUAGGAUCCACUCCUAGGGGGGGCUAUCUUCUGUUUUAAUGUGCUCUCUCUCUCUCUCUCUUGUAAUUUAGUCUUACUGAUUCAUACGGUUCAUUUUAAAUUAUUUUGCUGGUAAUUGGUGGCAUACAUUAUAGAAAACCAUGGAGAAGUAACAUUUGAGAGUUUUUUUCAGCAUGUAAUGAAACGUAAAGGCUUCUGUUGUACGUUUGAGAUAUUACAAAAGUAUGAGAAACAAAAAAAAAGUUCAAUUAUUAAGAACCUCAGAUUUUAAGAGCAUUUUUGUAUGCCUUGAAGAAUGAACUUGCAACUUGUAUUAUUUAUUACAAUUUGUUUAUCGUCACGUAAUGUCUCUUGAUAAUGGGCUUUGAGGUGUGAAGGCUGGUCAUAAGAACAGUGGUCACUUCACUUCCGGGUGUAUAGAGCAACAGUAUGCUGCACGCAUUCAAAAUGUUAGUCUGUCUGUUGCACUAAACCGUAGUUCAAAAACCCCAUUCUAGAAAAAAAAAAAAGUAACGAGAUCCCUAAAAUUUUUGUCAUCCAAAAAAUGAUACAAUGGUUCUUUAACAUCGUACCCACAUUAUUCGUUUUACAAUUUUUUCUCUUGUUAUUUAAUGCUUGCUUUCCACGCGCGCGCGCACGCACACACACAAAUAUUUACACUGUUAAUGAUACAUUCUGGGAUGUACCGUCACGAAAUGAUUUGUUGUUGUUUUUUCACGUGUGACAAACUGCACGCCUACUUAUUGCGCGAGACAUUAAGUUAACGAAGUUCCAUAUUCGUGAGAAACCCAACAACAAAGUUUAUCUAAGUCACAGGUUACGUUUUUCAUAAGGUUCAUUCCAGAAUGAAUUAAUGAGAGCUCGUCAUUGAGGUCUGUCUGUGGAAUGUUCUGGGACCACGACUCUUCUGAUGGGUCAUAUGCGAAGCUAUACACGACCAAAAGAAGGCUUCAGGGCCUUCUCGUGUUCACCUUUUCUUAGGUAUGCAGUAUCUGCAGUUUACCAGAGUAAUCCUCAUGUUCAGUGUCUUGAAGAGAAUGCUAGUGUGGUUUCUAAAACAAAAAAGUAUUUAAACAUUGGCUUCUUAAUUCAAAGCAUUACUGUUCACUAUUGUGACUAUCAUAAUCACCACGGAACCAAUUUUCAUCAAAUUUUAAUCUUUAUUUAUAUUUCUUCGGUACUUAUUGAUAGAAAUGUGUGUGUAAAUAAGUGUUGAUUUCGAGGUAAACUAAGAGUGAAAAUGUUAUUAAUUGAGGCAAUUUAACUGGCAUUAAAGAUUUAGUGAGUAAACCGUUUGUAUGGUAACAAGUAAUGUGGCAUAAAAGCUUUAAUGAGUGACCUUUAUUAUGGUAAUAACUAAAAGCUUUGAGUUGGCAUAUAAUAUGUGAUGAGUGACUAUUAUUAUUAUGGUAACAACUAAGCGUAGUAACAAAAUGGAGAGUACUUGGUUCUCAUUCUUUGUUCAAACCACUUAAAGUUACCUUUGUUGCUCGAUGAAACUUCUGUGCAGAAAAAUUUCUACUAUCUCUGAGUUGUCAAUUGUGAACACUAAAUUCAACCUGGUGCUUUUUACCUUGUGGAGACAAAACCAACAUACAUAUGUAACUGUUAUGACUUGAUACCUUAACGUUCAUGUACAUCACAUCAAUUUGUGUUCAGACUAGAUGUAUAUGUGAAACCAGAAAUGGUGUUUUGUGGAUAGAUUUUUUUCCUUCUGUACAUGUGUUGCAAACGUAGUUGUCAGUAAAAAGCUUUGCGUUACGUAAUCUGUGCUGUACAUUAAAAGUUUCUAACCCUAA